AUGAGGGCGCUGCUCCGCUACAUUAGUGACAGUGCACGGAGCGCUGGAGGCAGUGAGGGGCUGAGCGCUGUAGGUCGCAGUCUGCACAUGGCAGCGCAGGGGGAUCACCUGUCACUACAGAGAGGAGCCAGCCUGGCACCAUGACUGAGGGCAUCUGACCAAGGAGGAGAUCUGCUGGACAACAUGGACCCACUACGUCUGCCCGGGAACAUGAGUGCCCUGCAGGACCUUCUCUGCCGCCGCAGCCUCCUCACCCGACUGCCCAACUGGCACAACCUGAGCAGUAAUGCCACCUGGAACCUGACAGCUGCCCUCAACCUCACCUGUGACAGCCUGGGCACCCGGAGAACUCAGAACCCACUAGAUCUGAACUGGGUGCGGAUCCUACUGUACUGCGUCAUCUUCCUCCUCAGCGUCUUCGGGAACACUCUCAUCAUUAUCGUGCUGGUGAUGAACAAGCGUCUCCGCACCAUCACUAACUGCUUUCUGCUCUCUCUGGCUGUUAGUGACAUCAUGGUGUCUCUGCUCUGCAUGCCGUUCACCCUAAUCCCCAAUCUUAUGGGGAACUUCAUCUUUGGAGAGGUCAUCUGUAAGACCGCUGCUUACUUCAUGGGAAUCUCUGUCAGUGUCUCCACCUUUAACCUGGUCGCCAUCGCCAUUGAACGCUACAGCGCUAUUUGCAACCCCUUGAAAUCCCGGGUGUGGCAGACCCGAUCCCACGCCUACAAGGUGAUCGCCGCCACCUGGAUCUUAUCCGUCAUCAUAAUGAUCCCGUACCUGGUGUACAACACACUGGUGAGCUUCGUGAUGGCCGAGAACCAAGAGGGCUACCAGUGCCGCCUGAAAUGGCCCAACAACCAGGUGCAGCAAGCAUGGUACGUCAUCCUGCUCACCGUGCUUUUCUUCAUCCCCGGGGUGGUCAUGAUCGUGGCGUAUGGACUCAUCUCACACGAGCUCUACAGAGGCAUACAGUUCGAGAUGGACCUAAACAAAAAGGCCAAAGCCAAUAAGAAUGGGGUCAGCGUCGCCAUGUCAACAUCUGCCGGCAACUGUGAGGAGAACGAUGGCUGCUACAUCCAAGUCAGCAAACGCCGUAACACCAUGGAGAUGUCCACCCUGACUCCAGGCGGCACCAAGAUGGACUGCGCCCGCAUCAACAGCUCAGAGGCCAAGCUGAUGGCCAAGAAGCGCGUCAUCCGCAUGCUGAUCGUCAUCGUGGCCAUGUUCUUCGUCUGCUGGAUGCCGGUUUACGUCGCCAACACCUGGAAGGCGUUCGAUGAGAAGUCGGCAUUCAAUAUGCUCUCUGGCGCCCCCAUAUCCUUCAUCCAUCUGCUGUCCUACACAUCCGCAUGCGUCAACCCAAUCAUCUACUGCUUCAUGAACAAGCGGUUCCGGAAAGCAUUCCUGGCGACCUUCGCCGGCUGCAUCAAGCCUUGUCGGCGUUUUCGUGAACCAGAGGAGGAUAUAGGCGCCACGGGAGCCUCUCUUUCCAAGUUCAGCUACACUACUGUCAGCAGCUUAGGACCUCCCUGAGCUUCUUCGGUGGAAAGACUGGGGCAUCUCAGGACAACUCCAGUAUAGCCCAACACCACACAUCCCCCAUGGCGGAGUCCCGCGGAUGUUACGUGCUGCUCUCGGCCCCUGGCACUGAAUGCCUUAAGGAGCUGCAUGAUGGACGAUACGACUCUGGUUCCUUCUGUUCUGGUGCCGUCUCAUUGUGUGUUCACAGGAACCAGGAUCGUAGACACCUUGUGGGUCCGAGGACCCAUCAAAGACAAGUGUUACUGUUAUACCCCUCUGUAUUGUAAUAUAGUGUAAUAUAUAUAUAUGUAUAUAGUGUGGGGAGCAGCCAGACCUGGAGGUGCCUGGGAUCAAACCCGUGCAGAGACACAUCUGUUCCCACAUGUUCUUGUAAG